AUGAACUUUUUGUUUAAGCCCAAGCAGCGCACGCCCGAUGAACUGGCGCGCGCUGUGCGCGAUGCAACUAUUCGGCUUGGUGUGUUUGUUGAUUCAAACGGCUUGCUGUAUUUGGGGGAAGCAGGAGCCGAAUCGAGACGCAAAGUGGGCGAAGUGCUUUUUAUGCUGCUGCAGCAGAUGAAGCUUAUCUUAUAUGGUGAGGGCGAUAACGAUCCGCUUCCCGAGUGCAUAGCACAAUUGGCGCAGGAGGUAUACCAGUCGCAUUUGAUGCAAUAUUUGCUUAUCGUCAUGCCCCGGCUUGAAUUUGAGGCGCGCAAAGAUGUUGUACAGAUUACCUCGGCAUUGCUGCAGCGAAACAUUGGAACCCGUCUCCCAACAGUGGAGUACUUGUCGUCGAAUCCAGUAAUUGUAUUGCUUGCAUUACGUGGGUACGAAAAUCAGGAGAUUUCGUUAAAUACUGGCAUGAUUCUGCACGAAAUGCUGCAGCACGAAGUGCUCGCCAAAAUUGUUUUGUAUUCGGACGAUUUCUAUCGGUUUCCCUUGUAUAUUGAGUCGAGUUCGUUUGGUGUAUCUUGCGAUGCAUUCUCUAAUUUUCGCGAAACGCUCGUCAGGCACAAAGCGAUGACUGCAGAAUACCUGGAGCAGGAGUAUACGAGAUUUUUCGAGAUGUACACACAACUGCCUGCGUCUCCCAACUACGUCACACGGAGACAGUCCCUCAAAUUACUCGGCGAGUUACUUGUCGCACGGGCACAUUAUACGAUAAUGAUUCGUUUUGUUUCUGACGAACAAAACCUCAAACUCAUCAUGAAUUUGUUGCGAGAUAAAAGCAAAAACAUCCAGUUCGAAGCGUUUCAUGUGUUUAAAGUGUUCGUCGCGAACCCCAAAAAGACGGCCGCCGUAGAGGGGAUUCUGCGCCAGAAUCGUUCUCGUUUGCUUGCAUUUUUAAACGAGUUUCUCCGGGACCGAACCGACGAAACGUUUGUGGACGAGCGGCAGUAUGUAAUACAGAUCAUCUCUGCAUUACCUCCCCCCAAAGGCAAGUAG